CCACUGAGACUUUCUUUUUAUGAAAACAAACCCUCUUCCCCCCACCCUCUCCUCAUCCGCGCGCCUUCUUCCCGAGAGGAUAUUUAAUCGGCAUCUGAAAUUUGCUCCUUGCUGUGGGGUAACUUGAGAAGGGGAGGGGGCUGUUUGUUUGGGAGAGAAGCGACGGGGGAACCCCAUCCUGCUCCCGUCGCCAGAGGAAUUUCCACUCAGGACGGACGAAAUGAUGCACUGCUCCUCUUUCCCAGCGGCUGCUGCUCAGUCGAGGCUUCCCUGCAGCUUAAUCGGGACUGGACUUUUGAAAGCCACGUUUCUCCGGCGGAGGGUGCUUUGGGAAUAAAACAGCCACCUAAACUCUGCUUCUGGAGCUGGAAGAAGGCUCUGGUCGCUGAACAGCUGUUCUCUUGCCUGCCACUCUUCCCUCCUCCCAUCCCAUUUUGGAAAGGGGAGCCGGAGCGAUUUUGCUGGGUUGUUUUGUUUGUUUGUUUGUUUUUUCCUGGGCUGCUGCUGCAUGAAUUGUAUUUUGGACUGCUGCAUUCGUUCCAUCUCCUUUUCUCCUUCUGCUCCCUCGCUCUGCUGUUUUGGAAGCUGCCCCUUGCAAUAGGAGCUGAGCUGCCACCUCUCUCUCCUUCCAGCAUGGCGAGCCCCACCGAUAACAGUGAGGGCUUCUUCUCAGAUGUCAGAAAGGUGGGUUACUUGCGCAAACCCAAGAGCAUGCAUAAGCGCUUCUUCGUGCUGAGGGCAGCCAGCGAGUUGGGACCCGCCCGGCUGGAGUACUAUGAAAAUGAAAAGAAAUGGAGACACAAGUCGGGGGCUCCCAAGCGCUCUAUCCCGCUGGAGAGCUGCUUCAACAUCAACAAGAGGGCGGACUCCAAAAAUAAGCAUCUGGUAGCUCUCUACACCAAGGAUGAGCACUUUGCCAUUGCUGCUGACAGUGAGCUGGAGCAAGAGAGCUGGUACCAGGCGCUGCUACAACUGCACAACCGGGCCAAGAGCCAUCACCACCAACACCACCAGCAUCAUGGGGAUGUCAUGGUGGGAGGUGGGAGUGUUGGGAUGGGAGAGGCAGGGGAGGACAACUACGGUGAUAUGGCUCCUGGCCCGGCAUUCAAAGAAGUUUGGCAAGUGAUCCUGAAGCCCAAGGGACUGGGCCAGACUAAGAACCUGAUUGGCAUCUACCGCCUGUGCCUAACCAACAAGACCAUCAGUUUUGUCAAGCUGAACUCUGAUGCAGCAGCUGUGGUGCUGCAGCUGCUCAACAUCCGGCGGUGUGGCCACUCGGAGAACUUUUUUUUCAUUGAAGUGGGGCGCUCAGCGGUUACUGGACCAGGUGAGUUCUGGAUGCAGGUAGAUGACUCAGUAGUAGCACAGAAUAUGCAUGAGACGAUCUUGGAGGCUAUGCGGGCCAUGAGUGAAGAGUUCCGGCCUCGCAGCAAAAGCCAGUCCUCUUCCAAUUGUUCCAAUCCCAUAUCCGUGCCUCUGCGCAGCAGGCAUCACAUCAACAACCCACCACCCAGCCAGGUGGGGCUCAGCCGUAGGUCCAGGACUGAGAGCGUGACUGCUACUUCUCCUGCUGGUAGUGGUGUGGGUGGUGGUGGAGGGACAGGGGGCAAACCUAACUCUUUUCGCGUCAGAGCCUCUAGUGAUGGAGAAGGUACCAUGUCCAGGCCAGCUUCGGUGGAUGGAAGUCCAGUGAGCCCAAGUGCCAACCGGACCCACUCGCACAGGCACCGGGGCAACUCCAGGCUUCACCCCCCUCUCAACCAUAGCCGCUCCAUCCCCAUGCCUUCCUCACGCUGCUCUCCUUCAGCCACAAGCCCUGUCAGCCUAUCAUCCAGCAGUACCAGUGGCCAUGGCUCCACCUCAGAUUGCCUCUUUCCACGUCGGUCCAGUGCUUCGGUCUCUGGCUCCCCCAGCGAUGGGGGCUUCAUCUCCUCUGAUGAGUACGGAUCUAGCCCCUGUGACUUCCGCAGUUCCUUUCGCAGCGUUACCCCUGAUUCCUUGGGACAUACCCCACCUGCCCGGGGAGACGAGGAGCUUAGCAACUACAUAUGUAUGGGGGGGAAGGCUGGCUCAUCCUGCUGCAGCAUCACAGCUCCUAAUGGCCAUUUCGUCCCUCGCACUUGUCAUCUUCAGCAGCAAACUCGCUACCCUGCUGCCCCGUGCUGCCCCCGGCUAGGCAGCGAGGAUACGGGUGAUUUGGAGAAAGGCUUCAGGAAACGGACACAUUCAGCAGGCACCUCCCCUACCAUCUCCCACCAGAAGACUCCCUCACAGUCCUCGGUGGCCUCCAUUGAAGAAUAUACUGAGAUGCUCCCCUCGUAUUCCUCUGGUGGCAGCAGGCUCUCCUCUUAUCGACAUUCUGCCUUUGUGCCAACCCAUUCUUACCCUGAGGAGUGUCUAGAGAUCCACCAGGUGGAGGGCAACCACCACCGGACCAACUCUACCCCACAUACUGAUGAUGGCUACAUGCCAAUGCUGCCAGGAGUAGCUCCUGUCCCCAAUGGUGGUAGUACUCCCAAAGGUGGUGAUUAUAUGCCUAUGAGCCCCAAGAGUGUGUCUGCCCCACAGCAGAUCAUCAACCCUGGGAGAGGAGGUCGUCAUGUACAGUCCAUGGUGGACUCAAAUGGCUACAUGAUGAUGUCUCCCAGUGGCAGCUGCUCUCCAGACAGUGGUCCCACUGGCUACAGCAAGCUAUGGAUGAAUGGGGCUAGUCAUCAUCCCAAACUCUCAGUGGAGAGUAACGAGGGGAAGCUGCCAAGUGGUGGCAGCGAUUACAUCAACAUGUCUCCAGCCAGUGGCUCUACUACCAGUACCCCUCCAGAUUGCUACUUCACUAGCUCAGGACCUCCAGGCCCAGAAGAGCCAUCAGUGCAGGGUCCCAGCCAGUCCCACCACAAACCCAUCUACUCCUACUUCUCCCUUCCACGUUCCUUCAAACACAUGCAACGCAGGACAGGUGAAGAGGGAAACGCCCAGAUGCGCAUGUCCUUCAGCUCUGGCCGCUUGCUCUAUGCUGCUGCUGAGGACUCUUCCUCCUCCACUAGUAGCGAUAGCCUUGGUGGCCCUGGGGGACAGGACGGUGGUGGGUAUUCCCUUACCACCCAGAUACAGCCAUUGCAGCCUGCUCCUUCUUGUACUGUGGAUACGGCUGUGCGGACCAAGAGUCGUCUGGCCAGACCUACCCGUCUGUCCUUGGAUGGCCCAAAGGCCAGCACGCUGCCUCGUGCUCGGGAACAGCUCCCAGAGCCCAAAAGCCCUGGUGAAUAUGUGAACAUUGAAUUUAAGCAGCCAGCCUUCCCAUCGCCCCAUGCAGAUGCUGGUUCCAGUUCAGAGGAGUAUAUGAAUAUGGAUUGGGGGGCUGCCUGUCCAGCCAGCUUGGCCUCUACACAACCAAGCCGAGGUGGGGCAGGCCCCACCAGUGCUCGAGACUACAUGAGCAUGCAGCUGAGCAGCGGUGGGCAGUAUGUAGUCUGUGCUCACACCCCCUCGCCUUCCCCUCCGGCCCUUCUGCUCAGCUAUGCCGACAUGAGGAUGGGUCGUGCUAGGCCAGAGAAAAGCCCACUGCCCCUGGGGCUGCCUUCCCCACAUCCUCAGAUGCAGCCAGGUGAACUGGCUGCAGUCUUGCCCCACUCCUGCUCCUCAUCCAUGAUUGGGGGCCCAGGGAUGGGCAGCGCCUUUACACAUGUCAGUCUCAGCCCUACCCGCAGCACCCAGAGUGCCAAAGUGAUCCGUGCUGAUCCACAGGGAGGCCGGCGGCGUCACAGUUCCGAGACUUUUGCUUCCUCCACCACCCGUAAUGGUGGCCUUGGGGCCUCAGCCCUACCCCAUGGACCAGGAGGGGGCCCUGAGGAUGCAAAGCGCCAUAGCUCAGCCUCCUUCGAAAAUGUCUGGCUCAAGCCUGUGUCUGGGGAACUGGGGGCCUCCCCUGGCCUUGGAACCACCAUCAGGAGGGAACUGGCAGCUGGCGGGGCUGGGGGAGGCAUUGAGAAUGGGCUCAAUUACAUUGACCUGGACUUAGUGAAGGAUUUUAAUCACCACCAACAUCACCAUCACCACCCCCACCCUCAAGAGAGUACUUCUCUGCUAGGGGUCAAGCAGCCGACGCAGCAGCAGCAGCAGCAGCCACCUAAAUCUCCAAAUCAGCCUUGUGGGAGUAGCCACUUGAGUGAUGAAUUAAGUGCAUAUGCCAGCAUUAGCUUCCACAAGCGGGAGGACAUCCAGUAGCUGGGCAGGAGCCAGAGACAAGGACGAUGACCUAUACAACCUCAGAAAAAUCCUUCUUUGAACUCAUGGGUAUCCAGACUCUGUUUUGUGUAUCACAACUAGGACCUCACAUCUUCUUCCCCAGUAGAUGGGUACGAUGCAUCCAGUUCAAUUUGUUUACUUUACACAAACCUCAGGAGUUAGUUGACUGAACUGCACAUUCUUUUUCUUUUUCUUUUUUUCUUUUUUUUUUCGUGCCAAGCAAAAGCACUGUGACACCUGGACAACGAGUCUAUGAUUACUUCUUCCUCUACCAUAAAGACUUAGCUGGCUACAGUGAACUCACGUGCCCACCACUGUAAUAUGGUGAGGGUGGGUGUACUACUAGCUCAUUUACAUAAGACAUGAAA